AAAAUCUGGUCGUUGGAUCCGAAAAAUAUUUGCGACGAAUUCGAAAACAUUGGAAGUUUCCGAAAUCAUCGAAAAUGUUUGCGAUAUUGGAAAAAAUGUUUUCGAUAUUGAAGCAAAAAGUUUGCAAAAUCGCAAACACCAUGCUUGCGGCGCAUUUUUUUGCCAAGUCCGCCGCAGCCAAUGCGUUACGCUGUCAAGAUCAGCUGUUCGCAUCUUCCGCAAAAAGUAAACAUACAGCAAACCAAACCUGUUUUUAUUUCAUUUCGUUGAGUGUCGCAGCAGGUCCACCUGCUGCUGAGCGGUGUUUUGCACCGGAAACAGUUCCGGAACGGACAAAAGGGUUUGGUUCUCGCGGUGGUGCCAGUGAGAGCCACGGAGGACGCGGACGAGGCCGUGGUCGCGGCAAGCAAAAUGAAUGGAUUCCAGUGCCCAAGCUGGGUCGUCUGGUGCGCGAUGGCAAGAUCCGCACCCUGGAGGAGAUCUACCUGUACUCGCUCCCGAUCCUGAGCCGCUCGCUCAAGGACGAAGUGCUGAAGAUCAUGCCCGUCCAAAAGCAGACUCGAGCCGGUCAGUGUACCCGUUUCAAGGCGUUCGUCGCCAUCGGUGACUCCAACGACCACAUUUGUCUCGGCGUCAAGUGCAGCAAGGAAGUGGUCACUGCCAUCCGCGGUGCCAUUAUCCUGGCUAAGCUGUCGGUCAUGCCAGUUCACCGUGGUUACUGGGGCAACAAGAUCGGCAAGCCCCACACCGUGCUCUUCAAGGUCUUCGGCAAGUACGGUUCCGUCCUGGUACGCCUCAAUCCGGUUCUCAGUGAUACCGGCAUUGUGCCGGCCCCGGUCCCGAAGAAGCUGCUCCAGAUGACCGGUAUCGAGGAUUGCGUCGGAGUCACGAAACCAGAAAUCCGGGUCACCAGCUACACCAAUCUCUCCGGCGGUUCUUCAGCCAUGUUACGCUGAAAGUGAUUCAAGAAACUGGGAUGCCGGUUCCAAAUUUCGAUCUGAAUAGUUCAGUCCGGAUAAAAGUAAUCAGACUAAGCCGGCGGAACUUGCCACCUCAUCUUUACAUUUCCGACAAUGAUUGACACGGAUGUCCGGUAUCUUUGUGCCUUGCUAAGCGAUUCGAGCUUGGCCGGAGCAUCGUUGGUGGAGGCCCACAGCCAUACUUCAACAGUAGUAGCCAUUGCGUACAAAA